AUGGCGGAAACAACUGUCUAUCGACAAAAGCCAGCAAAUGAAAGUUCACCUAAAGGUCAAUCUGGAUUCUAUCGUAAUGUGAUCUUACCAAGUAAAACAAUGAAAGAGAAAACUAAACUUCCAUUAAACCAAAUAAAAAAUGCUGCUAUUGCCUAUGAAAAGCAAUCGGCACUUCGAAAGGAAGAUACAGAAAAGUUUCGAAGUUCACUACAACGGCAACUAUCAACUGAUAUGCUUCGAAAUGGAUACCAUCAUUCAUUUCGGGAACUGUGCGCGAUAUUAGCAUGGCAAAAGGAUGAUCGUGAACGUUUAGGAGCUGAACAUCCGCUUCACCGAAGACCAUUACUCGAUGCCGAGCCUGAUAAAUUACGUUUUCUUUGUCAAUAUCUGAAUAAAGCGGAAGAAGCCGAACGACGAUGUCAAUACUCAAAUAUGUAUCAUAACUAUCUGGAAUUAGCGGCGUAUUUUUUGAAGAGUGAUGAUCGUUGGCUUUCAGAUUACUUUUAUGAAAAAAGUUUAACAGUUGCUCAGACUUAUUCACAGUUUGAUCCACAAUUAGCUGCUGAAGCACAUCUCAAUGUUGGUUUGGCUUAUGAACGACGAGGUGAUUUGAUGAAAGCUUUACAUAGCUUCAUCAAAUAUCGUGAAUUGAGCGAAGAUUUCGAAAAUUUGAAAACUGACGCGAGCAUUCAAUUGACGCGUUUAUAUAUGAAAUUAGCACAACGUCGAACAGAUGCACAAUCGCUUCAAUAUGUUGUCAAAGCAUACGAAGCAUCUGCACAAACUGGUGAUAAGAAAGUCGAAAAUGAAACAAGUUACAAACUAGGACAAGCUUUCCUCGAACACGGAGAUGUUGAUUCAGCUUUGAAAUACCUUCAUAGAUAUUAUAAUUACUGUCAAGACGUAAAUGAUGACGAAGGAUUUGGUUUGGCUAGUGAAGCGCUUGCCAUUUGUUAUCAAAAGAAAGCUAACGUGGAAAAAAGUACGGAAUAUCUGACAAAGUAUUUACAAAAAGUUUCCGAUAAAGAAGGUGAUAUUCAAUAUGCUCGUGCAUGCAGUGCACUCGGUUUUAUUCACAAUACCUUGGGUCAAUACGACUCAAGUAUUCAAUCGUUAAGUAAAGCUUAUAGCAUCUCUUUAGCGAAUAGUCAUGCUGAUCUUGAUCGUAAUCGAGUUUUAUUUGGUAUUGCACACGGAAUGAAAUUACGACCGUUUUUUAAUGAUCAUAUCGAUCGAAAGAAUACAAAAGAAUUACUUCAAUGGAAAUGUACAAGACACGAAAGUUUUUUAACACAAUCUCAACCUUAA